UUCAUUGCAUAUAUCAUCACCACUUCUAGAGAGAGAGAGAGAAGAAGAAGAAGGAAAGACUGUGUUCUCGCGUUGAAUUCCUCCGCAUCUUUUCACUUUCACACCUUUACACGAUCAAUCAAGAUUCAAUUUUUAGGAUGAGAGGCACGAUUGAGCAGACCCUGACGGCGGAGGCGUCGGGCGUCCUGAGCCAGUCAAUCGCAGAGGCCCGCCGCCGCAACCACGGCCAGACCACUCCGCUGCACGUGGCGGCGGCGCUCCUGUCAUCGCCGUCUGGGCACCUCCGGCAGGCAUGCAUCCGGUCCCACCCAAACUCGAGCCACCCGCUGCAGUGCCGCGCCCUCGAGCUCUGCUUCAGCGUGGCCCUGGAGCGCCUCCCCACCACCCCGACCCCCUCGCCGGAGCCACCGCUCUCCAACGCGCUGGCGGCGGCGCUCAAGCGCGCGCAGGCCCACCAGCGCCGCGGCUUCCCCGACCAGCAGCAGCAGCCGCCUCUCCUCGCCGCGAAAGCGGAGAUUGACCAGCUGAUCAUCUCCAUCCUCGACGAUCCCAGCGUCAGCCGCGUCAUGAGGGAAGCCAGCUUCUCCAGCCCCGCCGUCAAAGCCGCCGUUGAGCACAGAUUGUUUUCUAAUCCGCCUCGGCAUUUGAACAUGCCAUUGGAGAGUGUUUCUCCGUUGAGUAGAUGCGUAUUUGAGAUGCCCGAUCCAUUGGAAAGAGCCCCCUACUGCUCUCGGUGUUCAGAGAAUUAUGAGAAGGAGGCAGCCAAGCUCACCACUGUUCACAAGUCAUUCUCCGAAACUGCACAUCUGCCACAAUGGUUGCGUAACACCAAGCUCAAUACCGGUGAUGCUUCACAAAGAAUUCAAGAAUUGCAGAGGAAAUGGAGGGACAUAUGUUUGCAUCUUCAUCCUUACUUCCAUGCUUGCACACCGGCUCCACCAACACUCUCUAUGGCAAGCUUUCAUAAUCCCAGCCCGCUCACACAACCAACAUUUCACCUUCCCCUGCAGCUCGGUGCUGAUCAUAGCCCUCCAGGAACUCCUGUGAGGACUGAUCUUGUUCUUGGACGAAAAGGGACUACUUGUGCAGAUCAAGCUAGAGGCUUAUUGGAUUCUGUGUCGUUGCAACGACGAACAAAGCUGCUCGAUAAAUUUUCUAAUGAUAUGGAUGCAGACAUGUACAAGAAACUACACAAGGCCCUCAUGGAGAAGGCGUGGUGGCAGGCAGAGGCAGCCUCCACAGUGGCCUCGGCCAUUACGUGUUGCAGAUCAAACAAUGGGAGGCGUCGGGGUGCUGCAUCGAGAGGGGAUAUUUGGCUGUUGUUCACUGGUCCUGAUAGAGCUGGGAAGAAGAAGAUGGCAUCAGUGCUAGCUGAGCAGAUUUGUGGGACUAAUCCUAUCAUGAUAUGUCUUGGCACGCGACGAGAUGAUGAAGAAUCGGGGACUAACAUCCGAGGUAGAACAGCCAUUGAUCGAAUAGCAGAGGUGGUUCAGAGGAAUCCAUUUUCGGUGAUCAUGCUUCAAGAAAUUGACGAAGCAGACAUGCUGGUUCGUGGCAGCAUCAAACAGGCGAUUGAGAGAGGCCGGAUCGCUGAUUCUCAUGGCCGUGAGGUCAGCCUUGGCAAUGCCAUCUUUAUCCUGGCUGGUGUUUGGUCAGCAAAGAAUUUUGAAGAUCUAAGAGAUGGUAGAUUUGUAGAUGAAAAUAAGCUUGCUACCGUAGCCGGUGGGAAUUGGCAGUUAGGGCUCGUUGUAGGGGAGAAAACCGGCAAACGCUGCGCUCGUUGGUUGCACGAUGUUGAUGAUGAUGGUGGUGGUGGUGGUGGCAGUGGUGGUAGGACGUUGAAGCCACGGAAAGAGGCUGUGAGUGGCCUCUCGUUGGACUUGAAUCUCGCGGCUGGAGACAUGGAAGAUGAUCGAACGGACGGCUCUCAUAACUCGAGCGACCUCACUAUUGAUCAUGAGGAGGAGUUGAGCCAUGUCAACCAGCACUGCUCUGUCACAUCAGUUCCUCAAGAUCUUCUCAACAAUGUCGAUGAGUCUGUCGUGUUCAAGGCUGUUGACUCUGCCUUGGCUCGAACGGAGAUCAAGAAGGCGAUCGCCUCGAGGUUCUCGAUGAUGGUGGACGAUGACUUGUCCCUAGAAAUAGAAGAUGAUGUGCUAGACAGGAUCCUAGGAGGGCUAUGGCAUGAUAGGACCAGUUUGAAGGAAUGGAUUCAGAAAGCUCUCGAACCGAGCUUUGAUCGGCUCAAGCCCCGUCUAUCAGAUGGUGGCAGGAGUGGCGAUGUGGUAGUGCGGCUCGUCAUCGAAUCUGAGUCCGGCGGUCGGGGGCGGGGCAGGAACAGUGGAGAUUGGUUGCCUAGUAGCAUCUUAGUAUGAAUGAGUUAAUUUUGUAGGGUACAUAAAUGGCAUUUCUUGUUUCUGUUGGGGUCAUUUGUGUUAAAUAUGUAGAACUUUUGGGUGGGGUUUUAAAAUUUGUAAACAUGAAACUUAGUACUCCUUCCGUCCUACUAAAAAGAACUCAAUUUUUGUUCCAA